AUGGCCUCGCCCGGGUCGGCCUUGCCGGGAGAGCAGGCCCCGGGAGCUGAGGAGGAGCAGGGCCCCUCAGGGUCGCCAGCGUCCCUAUUAGGGCCCCUGCUCCCCCUACAGCGGGAGCCGCUGUACAACUGGCAGGCGACCAAGGAGUCCCUGAAGGAGCGCUUCGCCUUCCUCUUCAACUCAGAACUGCUGAGCGAUGUGCGAUUCGUGCUGGGCAAGGGCCGCGGGCCCGCCGCCGCCGGGGGCCCGCAGCGCAUCCCCGCCCACCGUUUCGUGCUGGCGGCGGGCAGCGCUGUGUUCGACGCCAUGUUCAACGGCGGCAUGGCCACCACGUCGGCGGAGAUCGAGCUGCCGGACGUGGAGCCCGCCGCCUUCCUGGCGCUGCUGAGAUUUCUCUAUUCAGAUGAAGUUCAGAUUGGUCCAGAAACAGUUAUGACCACUCUUUAUACAGCUAAGAAGUACGCAGUCCCAGCCUUGGAAGCACAUUGUGUGGAAUUUCUCACCAAGCAUCUUAGGGCAGAUAAUGCUUUUAUGCUUCUUACUCAGGCUCGAUUAUUUGAUGAACCUCAACUUGCUAGUCUUUGUCUAGAUACAAUAGACAAAAGUACAAUGGAUGCAAUAAGUGCAGAAGGGUUUACUGAUAUUGAUAUAGACACACUCUGUGCAGUGCUAGAAAGAGACACACUUAGUAUUAGAGAAAGCCGACUUUUUGGAGCUGUCGUACGCUGGGCAGAAGCAGAAUGUCAAAGACAACAAUUGCCUGUGACUUUUGGAAACAAACAGAAAGUCCUAGGAAAAGCGCUUUCCUUAAUUCGGUUCCCACUGAUGACGAUUGAAGAGUUUGCAGCAGGCCCUGCUCAAUCUGGAAUUUUGUCCGAUCGAGAAGUGGUGAAUCUUUUUCUCCAUUUUACUGUCAAUCCUAAACCCCGAGUGGAGUAUAUUGACCGACCAAGAUGCUGCCUUCGAGGAAAGGAGUGCAGCAUUAAUAGAUUCCAGCAAGUAGAGAGCCGAUGGGGUUACAGUGGAACGAGUGAUCGAAUUAGGUUCACAGUUAAUAGAAGAAUUUCGAUAGUUGGAUUUGGCUUAUAUGGAUCUAUCCAUGGCCCCACGGAUUACCAAGUGAAUAUACAGAUCAUUGAGUAUGAAAAAAAACAAACCUUGGGACAAAAUGAUACUGGCUUUAGUUGCGACGGUACUUCUAACACAUUCAGGGUGAUGUUCAAAGACCCUAUAGAGAUCCUGCCCAAUGUCUGCUACACAGCGUGUGCAACACUCAAAGGUCCAGAUUCCCACUAUGGUACAAAAGGAUUGAAGAAAGUAGUCCAUGAAACACCGACAGCCAGCAAGACUGUGUUCUUCUUUUUCAGCUCUCCUGGAAAUAAUAAUGGUACUUCGAUAGAAGAUGGACAAAUACCAGAAAUAAUAUUUUAUACCUAAGUUAGUACUCAGUACAUCUUGACUAAAUGCUACCAUACAGUCUAGUCUCAAGAUCAUAAAU